AUGUCCGUUCUCCGUGAACUUGGUAAAACUGGCGUUAAAAUUCCAGUAGUUGGAUUUGGAUGUAUGGGAAUGAGUGAGUUUUACGGAUCAUCCGAUGAAGCAGAAAAUUUAAAAGUAUUAAAUCGUGCGAUUGAUUUAGGAUGCGUUUUUUGGGACACUGCAGAUAUGUAUGGUUGUGGAAACAACGAAACAUUACUUUCAAAGAUUCUAAAAAAUCGACGUAAUGAAGUUUUUCUUUGUACAAAAUUUGGUAAUGUUCGCGGAGAAAAUGGAGAGUUCUUAGGUGUAAAUGGGAAGCCAGAAUAUGUUCACUUACAAAGAUUAGGUGUUGAUUGUAUCGAUCUUUAUUAUCAACAUCGUGUCGACCCUACUGUUCCAAUCGAAGAUACAGUUAAGGCUAUGGCUGAACUUGUUGAAAAGGGUAAAGUUAAAUAUAUUGGACUUUCCGAAUGUUCAGCUAAUACGCUUCGACGCGCUCAUAAAGUUCACCCAAUCGCUGCCAUUGAAUACAGUCCAUGGACUCUUGAUAUUGAAACAAAUGGGCUUAAAAAAGCUUGUGAAGAACUUGGCGUUACAAUUGUCGCGUAUAGCCCAUUAGGACGUGGUAUUUUAUCGGGAAGAUAUAAAUCCAUAGAUGAUUUUGAACCUAACGAUUUUCGUAGACACAAUCCUCGUUAUAUGGGUGAUAACUUUGCUAAAAAUUUAGAACUCGUAAAAGAAAUUGAAAAGAUAGCCGAAAAAAAAGGUGUUACUGCUAAGGAAAAUGUUCAUGCUGAACAUGUUAAGUUAACUGCUGAAGAAUUAGCCGAAAUUCGGAAAAUUAUUGAUUCUAUUGAGGUUGCCGGGACUCGGUAUCAUGAAUCCGCAUUAAAG